AUGCCUCGAUCAGCGUUUGAGGUGUCCACCUUGCUUGGUGUCAACACUAGACAGGUGAGCACCAUCGCCGUGGUUAGCGCUGGCGAUCGCAUGUUUCUGGGGGCCGGGGACGGCAGCCUGACAGCUCACGAGUGCCGCGGGGACACGCCGAACGCUUUGAAAGCCAGUUCUUUUGAGUGCCGCGAGGUGGACAGUCUCCGCAAAGGCCUCAGCUCGGACCGAAGGCCGGUGCUCGAUCUCCUUGCCGUCGAAGCGUGGCGAGCGCUGCUGGGGUUGCUGGAUGGCCAGUUGACGGCGUACGACAUGUACACCUACCGCCCGUUGGCAAGCGUCCCCUCUACGAGGGGGGCAUCCUGCUUCUGCGUGGACGAGGAGCGACGACUGGUGUUCGUGGCCAACAAGAAGCGCCUUCAGGUGUUGGCAUGGCAAGCGGUCAGCCUCGCCCCUAGAAGGGACUUCCCUCUCCCGGAGACUCCGAGAAGUAUGGCGCUCGUGCCCGAGGAUGCUGACGGUCCCGCCGGGUCGUCCGGACCCAAGCUGGUGCUCGCUCUCCGGAAGGAGUAUAGCGUCAUGGACGCUACCACGGGCGCGCUCAGCCCUGCUCUGCUACUGUCCGACCGUGACCAGUUGGAUGCCAGCGCUUCUUCCAUGACGUCCAGCAUAUCAGGUCUGGGGGGCGGGGGGUCAUCCAGCCACGGCGUAAUUUUGCCGGUGCCGGCUUCUUCUGCCCGCGGUGCAAGAGUACUCCUUUCAAGCGGCUCCCGAGGGCUACUGGUUGAUCUGGUCGGUCGAGGUCACGAAGAGCGGCUGACGUGGACCGCGCCCCCGCUGUCGGUGUGCUUGUCGACGGCCUUCUUCGUUGCGGCCUUGCCGCGCCAGGUGGAAGUCCACGACCUUGCAAGCCUAGCCCCGCUGCAGACCUUUGAUCUGCCGGGAGCGACCUGCAUGACGACAUGCCCCGUGGGGGGAGGGAGAGGCGACUUGACGUACGUCGCCACGGCAAACUCUGUGAACCUUCUCAAGCUCAUUCCGAUCGAGUUUCAGGUGGAGACCCUGGCAGAGUCUGGCAGCUACGAAGACGCCUUAAGCUUGUGCGCGAUGUGCAAGGACAUGUCGGUGCUGGGGUCGGUAAACGUCCUGAGCAUCCACGAGCGCUACGCUUACGACCUGUUCUCGUGGGGGGACUACGAGGGCGCGGUCGGGCACUUCCUAGUCGCCGAGACGCCGGUCGACCACGUGCUGUCGCUCUUCCCGUCCUUGGCCCCACCUGAGUUCGUCCCACCAGGUGGAAGCCUACAAGGGCCCAAUACUCCGAAGAAAGGUCCGACAUCGUCUGGCGAGCCUCCUAGGCAGCUCACGGGGGUCUCGCGGAGCCGUGCGGCUAGCGCAGUCAUGACGUUUCUCGAGAGACACAGGCCUGCGAUAUUGGCCGCGGCUGAACGGGAAGACUGUCAGAAGGCCGAUGAUGCCGAAGAUGCCGACGGCCCAGCCGAGGCGUCGCCAGCGGCCGGAGGCGAAGGCGACGGUGGUGGUUCUGGAAAUUCCGAUAACGACGGCAAGGCGGGAGACACCCUGGUGCUGCUGGACACGAUGCUGAUGUCGUCGUACGUGCAGUGCAGCCCGCCGAGACACAGCGCACUGGUGGAGCUUCUGAGCGGUCCCAACCGGUGCAGCCUGGCAGCCUGUGCACCCCUCUUGGCCGCCAGCGGUCCCUCUUUCAUCGAGGCCCUGCUGUGUCUCUACCGCGGGAGGGGCCUGCACGAGGACGCGCUGGCGCUUGCCACGGAAGACAGGUGCGUCGCUCCUUCCUCCUCAUCAUACUCCGGGGGCAGCGGCGGCGGCGGCGGGGGUUGGACCGCGCCGCAGUUCCGCCGGUGGCUCGCCGCCUACCUCCGAGAGCUCCGACUCUCCUCGGAACCCGCGCACCGCGCCCUCGUUCUCCGCUCGGUGAAGCCGCUGCUGGAAGCCGACCCCGCCCUCGGCCUGUCCGUCUUCUUGAACGAGCACCGACAAGCAACCGGCCUGAGCCACCACGGCGGUUUCCUGGCUCAGCGACGGGUCGGAGUUUCCAGGAGGGCCGGGGGGGCUUCGGCAGACGGGAGACGGGCGGAGGCGGGCCUUGCCCCGCACGACGUGGUGUCGUUCCUGAAGACCAUCACCCCGAGCGAGUCUGGUCGAGCGAACGCAGAAACCUCCGCCGCCGCCACUGCUGCCGCCGCCCAACCUGCAAAAGAGGGCCAGGCCGUGCCAAUGACGAUCCCUUUCACGAGCGGCAGAGCCCUCGCUGUCGGGUACCUGCAAGUGCUCAUAGACGCCGCUGCGGGUGGUGGUGGGGAAGGCGGGGGGGGUGCGAGGGAGGGGGAAGUUACCUCGGCGCUGCACGACGAGCUUGCGUACUUGCUCAUGGAGGGCCUACUGGUGGAGCAGGGAGCGGCAGCGGAUCGAGGCCAGAGCUCGAGAAGGCUCGGUUCCUCCAAGAAUAUCGCGAAGGACAAGAACGGUCUGGCAGCGGCUUACAGACAACGCUUGCAGCUAUUCUUGCAGACGAGCGAGAAGUACAACCCCGCGCGCUUGCUGUCGGUGAUCCCUUCGCACUUCUUGGAGGAGCAUGCCUUGCUCCUGUCGAGGCUGGGGAGACACGAGGAAGUGUUGCACAUCUACGUCAGACAGCUCAAGAACCGAGAGAUGGCGGAGGCGUACUGCGGACGAAUAUGGGAGAGGUGCGAGAGCGCUGCCAAGGCGAAGAGUACAGCCAAACGGGGCGCGCCAGCAGACGCCGCAACCGCGACACCAUCCCCGGACGAAGAGGUGUACCUUUUUCUCCUGAAGGUGUACCUCCAAGGCCAAAACAAAGCAGGAGGCCACCACCCUGCCCAGAGCAAGGCUGGAUCGCCUUCGAGCCUCAAGGUUUCCGACGACGGCGUCGCUGCUGUCGGAGAGGAGGUCGGAGGUCUGGACGAGGCGGUUUCCCUACUAGAGAGGCAUUUCUCCAGGGUUGAUCCGGUCAAGGUCAUGGCGUUGCUGCCGCCGAGUGUCCCGGUGUCGAAGCUUGUUCCUUUUCUCUCCUCGGCGGUCAGGCACGCGGAGGCAAGGAGGCGGAGCAACCAGGUGACGCACCAGUUGUGCCGAGCAGAUUACGUCAACGUCAAGUUCGAGCUGAUUCAGCUGCAGGGGCAAGUGAGCAGAGUGCCCGAGCUCUCCCUGGCUUCCUUCCCCCAGCUUGGCACGCUGCUCAGGACUUGUCCUCCCGUCGAGCUCACGGAUCCAACAGCUGACUACGGGGUGGGCUGCAUCAAGCACGUUUUCGAGUCCUUCAUCGUGCUCCAGUUCGACGUGACCAACAGGCUGAGAGACCAGAGGCUUCACAACGUCCUCGUCAAAGUGGAGUGCAGCGACCCGGACCUGUACUCGAUCAAGACCGAGCGGCAUUUUCCGGCAUUGCCCCCUCAUGGCUCGGGGUCGUGCUACACCGUGCUCGCGAGGUCGCCGUCUGCGGGCGGUGUGGGGAGAGGGAGCGUGGGAGGGAUAGGCGGAGGGCCGUCGGUGUUGUUUAUGUGCGAACUAAGGUUUACGUCUGCCCGCAUCGGUUCGGGAGGAGCGCAAGGGAUCGGGAUGGCAGAGUCGGCGUACGACAAGGGAGGGGGGUUCAUGGAAGAGUACCUGUUGGAAGAUUUAGAGCUGUCGCCGGCUGACCUUGGAGAGUGAAAGUAUCGCGCCCAACCAGAGGGUAUUUUGGUAUCCACGGUCUUGUCUUGUGUGUUGCCGAAUGGUGGAGGUGUGUGUGUGUUGCGAUGUCGUGCGCAAUGUUUUCAGUCGCAGAGUUCCCCCCGUCGAAUGGCACACUAGUUUGUGAAGUGCUGCGCGUGCUAUGG